AUGUCGUCUACUGAUGGCUGGUCUGAAAUACAGACACUGUUGCAACAAACUCAGCAAGAAAAUAAUGAUAUGAGGCAACGAGUUGAAAAGUUGAAGCUAGAAAAUCAAGCUCUUAAAGAUAAACUGCACGAGAUAGGUGCUGGUUUUGAAUUAAAGACAGAUUCUGAAAAAGCCUUGCUUUUAAAUCUCGAAACGUGUGGUACUAAAAGCAAAAGUCCAACUGUGUCGCCGGAAUCUUCACCGCAGGAUGGAGAAGUGGCCGAAGCUGUAGUGGCAGAACAGUCCCCUGACUGUUGUUGUAGUGGCGGUACAGAUCGUACUGCAACUUGCACAUCUGAUGAUGACGCAGUGUUCGUACCUGAAGAACGCUUGUUGCCAUCAGAGUCUAGCUGGGAAGUGCAAAGUAUUCGCAGCGAGGGUUCGGUGGUCUGCCUGCAAGACAGAAUACACCAAAUGGAGGAAAAUCACCACUCUGUGAAUGAAGAGUUGCAAGCAACGUUACAAGAAUUGCAAGAUUUGCAGGAGAGCGUCAACGAUCUGAGCGACGAUAACGAUCGAUUAGUAGAGGAGAAGUCGAUAUUACUAGAAGCAUUAUGCAGUCAAACUGAGAAACUGCAAAAAUCAAAAACUGAAAUCUCUCAUCUGAAAGAAACAUUGGAGGAAAAUGAUGUCAGUUAUGAUGCUGAUGCAUUUGACAAUUGCUACGUCGCUGACAGGUCAGAGAUUGAACAACAAAUAUUGGAGUUAAUGAAUAAUCAGGAUGGUGGACUGAAGGAGUUGCUGAAUGAGGCCACAGACGGCAAGGAAUCUGACGACAUGAUUGUGGCACUCAAAGAGAAAGUCAAUGAUCUAGAAGUGACAUUGGAAGGUGUCAUAAGCGAAAAAAUUGAAGUAGAGAAAGAUUUGAGCGAAUACAAGAUCAAUGUCGAGAGUGAUCAGAUUGAAUUGGGGAGGUUGCAAAACAAGAUUGAACACGAGAGGGCUCGCUCUACUGAACUGUUGAAUUGCCGCGAAGGAAUGGAGAAAUCUGAUUUUGAAGUAAUGAUAGAGAACUUGCAACGAGAAAAAGACGUCUUAGAGACGGAAAAGAGUGAUUUGGAAGACUCUCUUGCUAAGAGUUUAAGUGAAAACAGCAAGCUGUGCAACACUAUAGCUAAGUUGGAAGAGGAAUCUGAACGAAAUAAAACAGUUUCUAAAUGUGAGAUCAAAGACUUGCAGGAGGAGAUUGAAAAGCUCAAAGCUGAGAAAGGGGAACUAGAAACAGAAGUUGGCAACUUGAAAGAUUCCUUGGAAGAAAUGGAUGUAGAAUGUGAGAGGCAUCUCGCUGAAAAACAACAAGAUGCUGCCACUAUUAUGGAACUACAGCAGAUGCUGAAGACGAUAAAACAACAAAAAAGUGAUAUUGAGAAGGCACUGUUUGAAUUCCGCAGAAAGACUGCCCGUGAUGAAGAUGAAUGGAAGCAGUUUCAAGCGGAUUUACAAACUGCUGUGGUCAUUGCUAAUGAUAUUCGCAAUGAGGUUCAAGAAGAGCUUGACAAUUUGAGACGUGAUCGUUCAUCACUGCAAGAGAAGGUAGAUAAGCAAGCUGCAGAGUUGCAGCAGUUGCGUAGGCCGCAUGGUUUGAGUGAUCAUGCAGACACAGGAAAGAAUAGAAAGCCAGGGUUGCAGGGUGUUUUGGAACGUAGAAACUCUGAAUCCGGAUUGAAAAGAUUCAAUCCUGGUGCGAAUGACAGUGUUAAAUUAUCUGUCAAGAACUUAGUUCAGUCUAUUGAAAAUGCUGCUUCAGUUAAGGUUGGUGGUUCUCCGCCAACUCCAACAACACCACCAACACAUGUAGAACGUCCAUCGUUUGAAAGACGCAGAUCCAUUGGUGGUAAAGGAUCUGAACCUAAACAAGUAAAAGCAACAAGAAGAUUAAGUAGUCCGCUAUUUCCUCCUAGUGACAGUAAUAAACUAAGCAGCAGUAGUGCCUGGAAGAAAAUGGAUGAACCCUUAGGUAGAGAUAAGCCAGCGUACAGACUUCAGGAACCAACAGCGGGAAGAGAAAGGGGAUUACGUCAUCAAAGUGAACCAAAGGAUGCUAGACUCGCUGUAUCUGCUGCUACACAGCCUAGAUACAAUGCUAGAAGAUCCCUCACUAAUAUUAUUACUAGAAAGAUAAACACGCCCCACAAAGAUAAUCAAGAGGAAAGUAAUGGUGUGACUUCACCGGGACGAGGACCAGGAUCAGCGUCAUAUCUCCAUCCUCCAAUGGCACAAGCUAGGAGAUCUAGUGAUGUUAGUGAGAAGAAAGACCCACUGACUACACUAGUAAAAGAAAAAGGUGGAUCUAAACGCAAUGCUUUAUUAAAAUGGUGCCAAGAAAAAACACAAGGAUACAAGGGGAUUGAUAUUACUAACUUUAGCAGUAGUUGGAACGACGGUUUAGCCUUUUGUGCGUUAUUACAUAACUAUUUACCACAAAAGAUUCCUUAUUAUGAACUCAAUAAUACUGAUAAGAAGCGUAAUUUCAAAUUGGCCUUUGAAGCUGCGGAGAGUGUGGGAAUAACGUCAAUUCUGGCUGCAGACGACAUGGCUAGCAUGGAGAGACCUGAUUGGCAGUCUAUUAUGACAUAUGUUUCAGCUGUAUAUAAACACUUUGAAGGCUAA